GUUCUUGUUGAAAGCAAAACCAGAUCGCUGUAUCGCUGAUAGAAGACAGUUAAAUUUGUUGAAGUUAAAGAAAACAGUAUUUCAUUGUUUGCAGCUACACAGAGUAAUGUGGUGUAUUCAAUGCAUUUGCUUUCUGGCAUUCUCAUCUCUUGCACGGAGCGAUGAUACCUCGUAUGAAGACGAGGCGAGUCUUCAAGCAGAGAUCAAAAAUAUAAAACAGAACCAAUUGAGCCUUCAAAAGACGAUUGGUGCCGUUGCCCGUCAGCUCAUGUUGCAGCAGCUGUUCGUGGAGGAACGCAUCAGAUCCGAUGGACAUUCUGGUUUGAAACAGGUACGUGUAUACGGUUUGGGUGACCGGCCUUAUCACACCAGUACACAUACCGGAGGUUCAAUCGCCGCUAUACACGACCAUGCAAACAACUUUCGUACCGUCGGUAUGGGCGAGUAUAUCGCCGUCAUGAAUGGGGUCGAGUUUCGUACCCGGCACAACGACUACCGGCUAUACAUGCCUCACAGGACCGAUACCCGGUAUGGAAAAUGGGAGCAAAUUCCGUUCCCGCCUGUUCCACCGGAAGUGACGUCGUUGCCCACCACAGAAGAGCAGAUCGUGGAGAUGAGAGAGUGGUUCAAGGCUUGGCGUGACCAGGACACGUCAAAGAGAGACUACAGGAAGUACUUCAGGCCUGUGUUGUGUUACCUCGAGGGAGCGUGGACCAACCCCAGCACAAAAGGAGAUAUCGACGAGCCGUUUCCCAGCGACAGACAUUUCGUUGAUGCCAAGAACUGGUUUGAAUUGCAAGAAAAGAUCAGGUUCACUUCGUACUCCGGACGAAAGAGUAAUUUUGAGAACUACGCCUAUCUUCCGACCACCAUCAUGAACGUGACGCACGGUACAACGCCUGUGUUCGCGCAAUGGAACUACCGUAUCAUGUGUCAUCCGAUAAAGGGCGACCUGCCUACGAACCGGCUACGAGUCGUCGACGAGUUCGGGCGACGAAUGAGGAGCCGAUGGACCGUUGACGAUCUUACUUGGACGAGGCAAGCACGGUUCCAGUUAAACAUGAAGGACCAGGACAAAUGGCACAGCCACUUCCCUCGUGGGGAAUAUGGAUUACUGGAUAAAAUAAUGGCGGAAAUACCAGGCAAAGAUAACUAUCCUGGAGACUUGAUUGACGAUGCAUUUGAUUUGCCCGCAGUUAGACUGGACACCACUAGCGCUAACGACAAGAUUAACGCAGCCUACUAUAACCGGGCAUUCAGAGUGACACAGAGGGGCGCCAUGGGAUUGAGCAACAGACAUCGUGGAUUCUCUGACGAGAAUCUAUUCAUGGCGAUGACGACACAGGAUAAAAUUGCUGGCAUGAAUCUGAAGGAUUGUCAGUACGUGAACCGUAAGCGAGUGUGCAAGUUGUACAAUCAAAAAUGGACGUACGCCAUACCAUUGGAGAUCAUCUACCUCACACCUCUGUCAAGGUGGAACCCUUACGAUCUGCAGUUCAAAGGACAUCCUAAUUCAAAGGCAGGCCGCGAGGUUAAUGAAGGUGGAAAGCGUAAUGGGGCUUCGCGCGAAAAAGCAUACAAUGGCACGAGCGAGACAGUUUACUAUCAAACUCCACUGGCUUUCUUUAAUGGUGAUCUUAACGGAAAGGAUCCCGCCGACACGGCCAGUAGUGCUGUCUGGGUCUUGAAUAAAAAUGGCGAAGCAAAACAAACAUCAGCUUCAGGGAUUCGUGUCUUUUUACCUUCCAUACCAGGAGUCGGAGUUUUACGUCAAAGGUAUCCGAUAAUGCCGGUGCAUGGCGAAGGUAGUUCAGUGUGGAAAGAGUUGUCAGCUGUGUCCGACGCUCUCUUGGACUCGCAUAAACAUCUCGCACUUUACCGUGAAUCAAUAAACACUAAUCCUCUCCCUACUCUACCCCCGGUGCGGCGUGUCACACUUCAUACUGGCCCAUCGACAUUCGAGAGGGUGACCAAACACACUCACGAAGUGGUUCUUGAGGCUUACCAGAUUGCAGAACUCAACAAAGGCAUGCAUAUUACGGUGACAACGAGUGAAAGCAAUGGACACGAACAUAAAGUCCAAAUUCGUUAUCAGAAACAACGCGACUUCUACUACGUUAAUGUUUGCGACGGUAAAUACAGCAAGUGGCCUUAUCGUUGCUGGGACAAGCAUCUUGCUAAGAUGACUCAGAUAACCAUCGCUGCUUAAAAAAGGAGACUACGUGAUGCAUAUUAAGACGUCUUAUAUCAUAUUAUAUAAUAUCAAAAUACCUCAUGAUGAUAUAUAUAAGAGUGAGAGUAAUAAAGUGCAUUAUAAAACGUAGUUAAU